AUGGAUUUGUUUGUAGUUAAAACCAAAAGGAAACGUGCUGACAGUCAAUCGGAAUCGUCAGGAUCUAAAAAGUUUAAAUCUUAUGAAAAAUCAGAAUGUAAUGUCAUAGACUUUAAAAAAUUCAGGCUUGAAAAUCUAUCUUGUGACUAUGGGAUUCUCUAUUCAAAAAGAGAAGCUGACAAUCUUCUAAAAGAGUGUGAGAAAAUUCUGUGUUAUAAUGAAGGAAAAUUGGCAAAAAUUUGUCUCUUUGGUAAAUGGCACAACAUUCCACGGAAACAGGUUGCUCAUGGAGAUGAAGGUUUGUCUUACAAAUUUUCAGGAAACUCAAUUCCUGCCCGGCCAUGGUUACCAUUAUUAGAGAAUAUCCGAGAUGAUAUUACCAGACAGACUGGCUACAAAUUUAACUUUGUUUUAAUAAAUAGGUAUAAAGAUGGCAGUGAUUAUAUGGGAGAACAUAAAGAUGAUGAAAAAGAUCUAGAAGCAGAUCAUCCUAUAGCCUCAUUGAGUUUAGGUCAAGCUAGAGAUUUUAUUUUUAAACAUCAAGACAGUCGAGGAAAGAACUCAACUAGACGUGAUAUUCCACCAUUAAAACUGGUACUUCAACAUGGUGGAUUAUUAAUGAUGAACUAUCCAACUAAUUCUUACUGGUACCAUUCCUUACCGUGUCGGAAAAAACUUUUUAAUGUUAGGAUUAAUAUGACAUUUCGUAAAAUGGUGGUAAAAUAA